AUGUCGACAACUACCGAAACCACGGCUCCGCCAACCAUCACCGCUUCCGCCGCCGGUACCACCACCAUCAACACCAGCACCACCAACCUUGCUGGAAGCCCGCUAUCACCAACAACCAUGGCUUCCCCUUCCUCCCCUUCCUCGGCGAACAUGGACCCCACCCAAGCCGUCGAUGGUCUUGUCCGGGCCAUGCGCGACCUGACAGCCGACAGCAACUACAAGCUGGUCGCCGACGUUUUUGGUCAGUUCAUUGUUCUCAAAGAAAAGAACGAGCGGCUGUCCAUUUCCCACCGUGAGGUCCUCGACGAGUACCAUCGCUACCGCUCCGAACUGGACGACUGGAAGAAGCGCCUCGACAAGGAAAAGGAAGGGCUCGAAGACGUGAUCCAGUCCAAAGUGCAAGAGGUUCUGCACCUCCACGCCAUGCGCGCCAAAUUGCAAGGGGAUUUGGAGGACAGUGCCAAGAGGGCCGCCAUGGCUGCCGAGAAUGCCGAGCGUGAGCUGAUGAGGUUAAAGGAGGACAAGGAGAAAGAGUUGGAUGAGUUGAAGAAGGACAAGGAACGGGAGCUGGCGGCGCUAAAAGAAGACAAGGAGAAGGAGUUGGCCGCAUUGAAGGACGAUCAAGAGCAGCAGCUGACCAAGCUUAGGGAGGACCAAGCAUAUGAACUUGCCAAACUCAGGGACGACAUGGGCACCGAGUUGAGUGACAUGAAAUCUCUACGGGGGAUGCAGAUUUCGGACCUCGAAGCAGCCAAGGCCGCUCUCGAAAAGUCAAAGGAGGAGCUUGAGAAAGCUGCUGCCCAAGCUGCCGAAGCCGCCGCCGAGGAGAUUGCCGCACUGUCCAACGCCAAGACCCUUCUCGAGGCCUGGAAAGCGCAAGCCGAAGCCGACCUCGCAUCGCUGCAGGAAUCCAAGACCACUUUGGAGAGCGACAAGACGAAGAACGAGGCCGAGAUCGUCUCCCUCAAAGAGAUUGUCGCCACGCUGGAGGCUCAGUUCAAGGCAAUCGAUGACGCCCUAACGGCCACCAAAGCCGAGUUCGAGUCCCUCAAGAUCACCGAGGCUGAAAAAACAACUGAGAUUGAGGGUCUGAAAACAUCGCUCAAGGCCGCUGAGGAGGAGGUCGUCUCGCUCAAGCAGACAUUGGCCGAGAAGACUGCAGAGAUCGAGGCCCUGCACAGCAAACUCAAAGCCGAGACCAUUCGUGCGGACACGGCCGUUGCCCGGUCCGCAGACCUUCAGAACCGACUUGACGAGACAGAAGACAGCCUCCAAACAGCCGAGGAGAAGCUGGAUAUUCUGGCGUCGUAUCAGAUUAAGCUUCAUACCGACAGCGAGGACGUUUACGUUGACAUCCUCGACAAAAUCUGGACCUCCAUCGUCACCCUCGUCGAAUCCACCUUCCGCCCCUCCCUUCCCGAGCCCAUCCUCUCUGAUCCCUCCUGCUGGGCCAACCUCCGCAACUCGCCCUACCUCAAACACGCCACUCAACUCCAAAUCCCCUUGCCGCAAUCCAACUCACCAGCCGCCAAAGGCAUGCGCAUCUCCGCCGUGCUCGCCGUCCUCUCCCGCGCUUUACACCGCCACCUUUUCCGGCCCGUUUACCUCCUCGACGACGACGACGAGAACCUAGUCAAGUUCCUCCGCGUCUUGGAAGACGAAAACCCCGCGCGAGAACUACAUCUACGAUCAACCCUGCUAGCCACCAUGCCCGAGCGCCAAAUCGAGCAGGGCGCAAGGCGAGUAAAGACGGUAGUAAGGGAAGUCUCCUGGCUGGUGCAACACCUCUUGUCCGCCCUAGCCUUUGAGUCCUUUGUCUCUGGCCUCGAACAAGCGUGCAAGCUCGCCUGCGAGCAAUGGAUGCGGAUCCAGCUCGCCAGCAUGAAAAUCGAGCCUUACUUCGGACCGCCAUACGACGACUUUGACUGGCAAGUUCUGGACCUACCGGAAUUUGUCUCUUCCAACUCGCACCAACAGCGUCCCUUCUCGGUAACGCUCACUGAUGGCGGCGACGGCGAUGACGGCGCAUCCACAAUUGGAGCCGGCGCGCCGUUAUCCACACCCGGGCCAGACUCAGAUAGCAAGGGGCAUAACCUCGCGCAUUCCCACUCCCACUCCCAUCUGCAUAACCACCACGAAGAUCCUCAGAAUUCAGAUACUCCACAAGAAGAAGAGAUCGACCCAGAUGAUAUCCUCCUGGUAGUCUGGCCAUCCAUGUGCUCCGUCGAAGACGGCGAUAUCAUGAGCAUCACGCAAGGAUUGGUGAUCUCCAAAGAACAAGCGCGGCCCGCGCUGGAAGAAGUCCGUCGGUCGAAAUCCCAAGGUGGGAGCGGGUUGAACCGCGAUGGGAGCUUGAACUCGAAUAACGGAGCUCCUGGGAUGCCGAUGAGGCCUGGGUCGACUACGAGGAGGGGGGCGGCGAGGGGGAUGAGUAUUGCGGCUGAGGAUAGAAGGAGGGGGGAAAGUCGGAGUCCGGGUACAAGUAAGAGGAAGAGUUUCUUUGGGAUGGGUGGUGGGGACAAGGGAGAGAAAGGGGAGGGGGGUAAGGGGGAGGGGGGUGGGGAGGAUUAG